AUUGGGUAACCUGGGAGUGGCUCCAGUCCACAACAGACACACAAUGGAUAGACGGACAGGAUUGAUACAUUAUUACCACUGCUUGGUCGGCCUUUUGAUACUGUAGCUCGUAGGCAAUUGAUAACAUGGUUUUUAGUGACUGUAAAAUCAUCUUGCAAUUGCUGUGUGUCUUCAGUGGCCAAUGUUGCUAUCGUCGUUAGUUAGCUUUGCUAACAGCAGUGAUAUUGUUUAGCCGAAAUCUCUAGCUGGCUAGCCUACCCCCACGUUAGCGAGCAGUAACACCUGCGGGAAAACUGUUUUUAUACUCCGAGAUAGCCGCCUUUCAAAGAAUAUGGAAACCACUUUUGAUGUUAACCAUCUUUUCCCUGAAACGAUUACAGUUUUGGACCAAAACCUAAUUGCAGGUGGAAAAUCGCUGGGAAGGUCAGAUCCCCAACCCCAAAUUGCAGCAGUCAUUGAUGAACUUGGAAGAGCCUCAGCCAAGGCCCAAUACUUGACAGCCCCAAUCACAAGUGCAUCCAAGCUGCAGACCAACAAGCACCAUCUCUACCUGCUUAAGGACGGAGAAAGCAAUGGAGGAAGAGGACUUGCGGUGGGGGUUUCUGAAGGUUGGCUAUAAGAAGUUAUUUCUGCUUGACCAGCAGGGGGCGCAUGUCGAAACAGAGCCUCUGUGUGUCUUGGAUUUCUUUGUGAAAGAGAACCUUCAGAGGCACGGCUACGGACUGGAGCUGUUUAGCUUCAUGCUGCAGCACAAAAAGGUAGAGCCAGUGAUGAUGGCUUACGACAGGCCCUCCCCUAAGUUCCUCUCUUUCCUGGAGAAGCAUUACUGUCUGAAAAACAGUGUACCUCAGGUCAAUAACUUUGUGGUGUUUGACGGUUUCUUCGCCAAAAAAUCAGCGGCCCAGUGGAGAAAGGUUCCCCCCAAAAAGCCGGACGGAGAGAUCAAGCCCUACUCACUAACGGAGAGAGAAGCUGUGCGAGAGGAGCAGAGGGCUCUUCCCUGGCCUUUGUGUCGCCACGCGGCUCCUCCCCUCUCUCCCCCAUUGUCGGUAUCCUCCCCGUGCUCCCCAAGCAGGGGCCGCCAGCGUCCCGAUCCGGCCCUGGCCCCGGCACCUGCCCCUGGGGCCAACAGGGGCCCGAACCCCCACCCUCCACUCAUCAACAGGCUCAACUGCAGGGCAAAGCGCACCAGCCAACAGGGCCUGGUUGCCAGGGGCAACCUCUACAGCCGCCACGUCAACACCCGGGGCUUUGGGCAGUUGUUGGAGACACAGCCGAACAUCUUCAAACUGCCAGGUUUGAGACCAGUGUUGAGAGACAGAGAGACUGACAUCGGAGGACAGAGAGAGCCACUGGGACACAGAGACAGGAAGGAGCCGCCCCCGUCCAGGAAGGAGCCGCUCCGUGCCCAGACCAUCAUGAUGACCACCAGAGAACCAGACAGACAGGCAGAGACAGAGACCAAGGUGCUGGAGAAGGGGCUCCGGAAGGGGUUAGCAGGAGAGCCCUUUCCAGGAAGGGGUGGGGGAGAAGGAGGUGGGCCUCUGGAGGUGGUUGAGAAGGGACCAUCAAAGCCUGAGAGGGACAUGGGGACAGGAGGGUGGUCGUGGAUGCUGGGAGAGAGCUGCUGUAACACAGCCCAGUGGGCCAGGCAGGACUAUAGAAACACCAGACCCUGGUGACGCACAUGGACAAACAGACUGAUGAUUAGGGAUCAAGAGUGGGGAGAAAAGAGAUGAGAGAAGAAAGCCACAUAUGAAUACAGAUGAAGAGAAUGGAGAUAAAAAGAGAAUAAAUCCAAUCCUCCUCCACUUCCCUUCAUCCCUCUUUCCUGAUCACUAAUUAGUGGUACUAUGUUUAUAACAAGACAGAAUGAGUGAGGGGUUUGGUCGGUACGCAGCAAUAGUCAGCCAGAUGCCUUUUAUCACUGAGUGUUGUAUCUGUCCCAAAUGGCACCCUUUUUAGUGCACUACUUUCUACCCGGAGCCAAGGUCGUAGGGUGCCAUUUGGGAUGUACAUAGACCGUACGAGAGUGUAACAUGAUGGGUUUACAGCGCAAGGAUCAGAAUGUGUCAGUGAAUGGCGAAGUUUUACACACCUCCUAAAAUCUGCAAAGGCAAUGGGAGCUUGAAAUUCCAUUCGACUUGAGUUUACCAGACAUAUUUUAUUGCCACUUUAAUUGUUGUAACUAUUUCAUUCACAUGUGUUUUUUUUAAAUCUGAAGAGAAAGUAUUAUUCUAUGAAUGGCAAUGUUUUUUUUUUUCUAUAAAUAAAUUAGCUACACAGAUAA